GGGGAGAAAACAGAAGAGGCGGGAUCUAUCAUCGGAGUAGCCAAUGCGUUGCGGUCAAGUGAAAGGCAGGGAACGAGGCGUGGCCGGAUUUAUUAGCUGGCUGUGUGGGGCUUACUAACCUAGGGAGUCUCGGGUCUUGGGGUCGGGGUGGAGGGUCGCCGACUGGCACCCCACGGUCGGGCUUGUGAGAUGGCAGCGCGCUGGAGCAGCGAGAACGUGGUGGUGGAGUUUCGGGACUCUCAGGCGACUGCCAUGUCUGUGGACUGUGUUGGGCAGCAUGCAGUGCUUUCUGGCCGGAGAUUCCUGUACAUCGUCAAUCUAGACGCCCCUUUUGAAGGUCACCGGAAGAUCUCCCGCCAGAGCAAGUGGGACAUUGGAGCUGUGCAGUGGAAUCCUCAUGACAGCUUCGCACACUACUUCGCGGCCUCGAGUAAUCAACGGGUUGACCUUUAUAAGUGGAAAGACGGCAGCGGGGAAGUUGGCACAACCUUACAAGGGCACACUCGAGUUAUCAGCGACUUGGACUGGGCAGUGUUCGAACCAGAUCUCCUGGUCACCAGCUCUGUGGACACCUAUAUCUACAUCUGGGAUAUUAAAGACACAAGGAAACCUGCUGUUGCACUGUCGGCUGUAGCUGGUGCCUCCCAGGUCAAGUGGAAUAAAAAGAACGCUAACUACCUUGCCACCAGCCAUGAUGGUGAUGUACGGAUAUGGGAUAAGCGAAAACCCAGUACAGCGGUAGAGUAUCUGGCAGCCCAUCUCUCCAAGAUCCACGGCCUGGACUGGCACCCAGACAGUGAGCACAUUUUCGCCACCUCCAGUCAAGAUAACUCUGUCAAGUUCUGGGAUUACCGCCAGCCUCGGAAAUACCUCAAUAUUCUCCCUUGCCAGGUGCCUGUCUGGAAAGCCAGAUACACACCUUUCAGCAACGGCCUAGUGACUGUGAUGGUCCCUCAGCUGCGGAGGGAGAACAGCCUGCUCCUGUGGAAUGUUUUCGACUUGAACACUCCAGUUCACACCUUUGUGGGGCAUGAUGAUGUGGUGCUGGAGUUCCAGUGGAGGCGACAGAAGGAAGGGUCCAAGGACUAUCAACUGGUUACAUGGUCCCGGGAUCAGACCUUGAGAAUGUGGCGAGUGGAUUAUCAAAUGCAGAGGCUCUGUGCCAAUGACAUACUGGACGGCGUAGAUGAGUUCAUUGAGAGCAUCUCUCUCUUGCCGGAACCAGAGAAGACCCUACAUCCUCAAGACACAGAUCACCAGCCCAGCUUAAGCCACGGAGAGGAAGAUGCCAUAAAGGAAGAUCCUCCCAGCAGUUUGCUGGAAGAGAGGAGAUCAGACCAACUAGGCCUGCCUCAGACUCUGCAGCAGGAGUUCUCCUUGAUCAACGUGCAGAUCCGGAAUGUCAACGUGGAGAUGGAUGCUGCCGACCGGAGCUGCACGGUGUCUGUGCAUUGUAGCAACCACCGUGUGAAGAUGCUGGUGACUUUCCCAGCACAGUACCCCAACAACGCUGCUCCUUCUUUCCAGUUCAUUAACCCCACCACCAUCACGUCUGCCGUGAAGGCCAAGCUGCUGAAGAUCCUAAAGGACACGUCCCUGCAGAAAGUGAAGCGCAACCAGAGCUGUUUGGAGCCUUGCCUGCGCCAGCUUGUCUCGUGCCUUGAGUCUUUUGUGAACCAAGAGGACAGUGCUUCUAGCAACCCAUUUGCACUCCCAAACUCUGUCACACCACCCUUACCGACAUUUGCACGGGUGACCACUGCCUACGGCUCUUACCAGGAUGCCAACAUUCCCUUUCCUAGGACCUCUGGGGCCAGGUUCUGCGGGGCAGGUUACCUGGUGUACUUCACAAGGCCCAUGACAAUGCACCGAGCCGUGUCUCCCACAGAGCCUACUCCUAGGUCUCUCUCAGCCCUGUCUGCUUAUCACACUGGCUUGAUUGCACCGAUGAAGAUCCGCACCGAGGCCCCUGGGAACCUGCGUUUGUACAGUGGGAGCCCAACUCGCAGUGAGAAAGAGCAGGUCUCCAUCAGCUCCUUCUACUACAAGGAACGGAUGUCUCCUCGCUCUGCCCGGCGACGUUGGUCCAUACAAGCAAUUAACGACUUCCCGAAAUCAAGGCGGUGGAAAAGUAAGCGGGAGGGCUCCGACUCUGGCAACCGACCCAUUAAGGCCGCUGGGAAGGUCAUCAUCCAGGAUGUCUCGUGCCUCCUUCCUGUUCACAAGUCCCUGGGAGAGCUGUACAUAUUGAAUGUGAACGAUACUCAGGAGACGUGUCAGAAGAAUGCUACUUCUGCCAUGCUUGUUGGAAGGAAGGAUCUCGUCCAGGUUUGGUCACUGGCUACAGUAGCCACAGACCUUUGCCUUGGUCCGAAGUCUGACCCAGAUUUGGAAACACCUUGGGCUCGACAUCCAUUUGGGCGACAGCUGCUGGAGUCCCUACUGGCUCACUAUUGCCGACUCCGAGAUGUUCAGACCUUGGCUAUGCUCUGCAGCGUGUUUGAAGCCCAGUCCCGGCCUCAGGGGUUACCAAACCCUUUUGGCCCUUUCCCUAAUCGGUCUUCUAAUUUUGUGGUGUCCCACAGUCGAUACCCCAGCUUUACCUCCUCGGGGUCCUGCUCCAGCAUGUCGGAUCCAGGGUUCAACACCGGUGGCUGGAGCAUAGUUUCCUUAGCAGGAAGAGAAACAGAACACAUAUCUUCACCUUGGGGGGAGUCUUCACCAGAGGAACUCCGCUUUGGGAGUCUGACCUACAGUGACCCCCGUGAGCGGGAACGAGACCAGCAUGAUAAAAACAAAAGGCUCCUGGACCCUGCCAAUACCCAGCAGUUUGAUGACUUUAAGAAGUGCUACGGAGAGAUCCUCUACCGCUGGGGUCUGCGAGAGAAGAGAGCAGAAGUGCUGAAGUUUGUGUCCUGCCCUCCUGACCCUCACAAAGGGAUCGAGUUUGGUGUGUAUUGCAGUCACUGCCGGAGUGAGGUCCGUGGCACCCAGUGUGCCAUCUGCAAAGGCUUCACGUUCCAGUGUGCCAUCUGCCACGUGGCUGUGCGUGGUUCAUCCAACUUCUGCCUGACCUGUGGACACGGCGGCCACACAAGCCACAUGAUGGAAUGGUUCCGGACCCAGGAGGUGUGUCCCACUGGGUGUGGCUGCCACUGCCUGCUGGAGAGCACCUUCUGAAGUUAAAUGGACGAUGACACUUCCAGAAAUCCCAGAGGACUCCAUAAAUGCCGGAGAAGGCUCUCUGCUGCUGUGGUGGAAAGUUCUAGAACCAGGGUCAUCCUCUGAUCUAGGAUGGACAAUAGUCCGGUCACAGCUUCUGCUCCCGAGCCUUUGUGUUCCCUUCUCUGACUGUCCGGUCAUGGAUGGUGCCAGAAGGGAGGGAGGCACACACAGCUGACCCUCCUGCACUGUCUGUUGAGUUUACAGUGGAGGUUUUCAUGAGGAAAAGUACCUGUUUCCAGAGCCACCAGAGCCAGCAUCAGCCUUCAAGAUGCUGUCCUUGAAGCAGGACUGGGCUCUCCAGAUGCCAGUACGAAGACACACACCAGCUGCAACACGGUCUCCGGAGCUAAAAGACACUGGCUCUUAGUGUCACAGUAAGAGCUGUGGGGUCUGUGACUUUAGGAGAUGACACCUUAAUGAUAGCCUUAUAAAGUACAAUACUAAAAUGUAAUAUAUGACGGACAUACAUACGUCCAGCAUUCUUUUCCUUGGUACAGGGCUUGAACUCGGUGCCUUGCACAUACUGGUUAGCAGCCAUACCACUGAGUUACAUUUCAGCCCCUAAGAAUUCUCAAGAUAGAUAUUUUCUGUUUCUCUCCAUCUGCUUUACUUUGACCAAUAAAAGUUUAUACUUGUUUGAGAGAGAGAGGAGAGGAAAGGAGAGGAGAGGAGAGGAGAGGAGAGGAGAGGGAGGGAGGGAGGGAGGGAGGGAGAGAGGGAGAGAGAGAGAGAGAGAGAGAGAGAGAGAGAGAGAGAGAGAGAGAGAGAGAACAGUGACUCUCAUAGUGACUCACUUUGCAUUGUACUGCUGAUUGAAGGGAACUGUUUUGGACAGGACUAGAAUUAGUCCCAUGACUUCUAAAGGAAAUGCCAUUUGACUUUGAUCAUCUGACAGAGGAAACAGAAUCUGACAUUAAGGUUCUCUUUAACCACAAGAGUCUCAUAAUUAUUUCUUCCAGCAAAAGGGAAAUGAGAUUGCAUUUCAGCACUGAUACCAAAGUCUCUCUCUGCCUCUGGGCAGGCUGGCCAGGUUCCAAGGGUGCUUUUUACUUGAACUCCCUUACAAACUCAUCAAAAUCACUCCUUCAGGAUUUUCCGGGGUUUCAUGUGUCUAUACCAGGGAAGAGAAUUUUAAAAACAAAACCAACCUAUAUACUGAAAUUCCUAUCUCUUAGAAAUUUAAAUUCCUUGGGCCUAUGAUGUGACUCAGUGGCAAAAGUGGCAAAAGGAUUAUGGGUCUCGAGUCUGUUCUGCCACAGGGCAUGGCCAGGCAGGUGUUGGGCCGUAGGAAAGCCCUGGGACACUGCUCUGGGGGUGGGGAAACGAAAUCUGAGGUGUAGGAUAGCUGGAGCAGGUUCCAGGGUCCCCAGGCCUCCACAGAUCUAAGAGCACAAUCUGGGCUCACGAUCUGGCCUGGGGUUGGGGGAAGAAGGGGAGUUUCAGCUGGUCCCUUGGGGAGAGUCCUUGGCUUGACAGGCUUAUGCUUGCUGGGAGCUGUGGCUGGGAGUGCAGAGAGGCCUUCUACAGGAGAUUAGAUAGUCUCUAUAGGCAAAGACAUUCCCUAUGACUCCCCACAGCAGAUCUCAAUGAAAAGAGGCAGCCCAUGGUUUUAAGGCAUUUAUUGUCAUGGCAGAAAGUGGAUGUGUAAAACCACUUCUCAGGGUGGGCCUGAGAUUAAAUUCCUUUUGCAGGGAGGAGUGUCUGGGAAGGAAAGCUUAUUGGCUAAGCCUCCAGGCCUUUAUGUAUCUCAUUAGUAUGAAGCUCUGUCUGAGCCUAUGUGAUCUGUGAUCAUAUCCUCCACAUGUGGAGGGACUUGAGGUGUUGCCCUUCUGUGACUGAUGGCCACCAAUCUAUGAGCAGGCUGUGGCUAGUGACAGGGGCCUGGUGCCUGGGAUCAGGCAAAGCUCCUACUGUCCUUUCAGGGACUCCUGGGCCUCUAGCCUUAGUUCAGCCAGGGACCAUGCUACCUUUCACGGUCCCACAGCCUGCCACUAAGCUUACUAACCUAAGUUUGAACCCCAGCAUGACCCAUGUGAUAGAAGAACUAACUCCUGUCCCCUGACCUCCACCUGUAUGCUGUGGUACAUACACACACAUACCAAAAAAUGUAAUUUAAAAGUUACAUUUGCUGUGAUUCCAAAUUGAUUAACCUGAGAGACAUAAGUGUCAUUGAAGUAUGGUUGCACAUGUCUAAUUUCUUCAGUCAUGAAGCUGAGGUAAGAGGGUUUCUAGUUUGAGGCCAUCCUGGGCUACACAGUGAUGGUCAACCUAACUUACAUAUGAAGACACUUACAAACAGACAUAGAAAAGAUCUGGAGAUUUAGCUGAGUAAAUUGAAUGCUUGCCUAGCAUACAGGAGGUCAUGAGUUUGAUCCUCAGACACACACACACACACACACACACACACACACACACACACUCUAACUCUAAAACAAAAUACCUACAUGUUUCAUAAUAGAAGUGUGGAAUAUCACUUUGUUUGAACUAUGAUUUAAGACUCAUGAAUAGAUUAGGAAAUCAACCUUGUAGAUAAAAACCAACAUUUUAUACUUUUAAGGAUUUAUUUGUGUGUGAAUCUCUGUGUGUCUUCGAGUGUAUGUUGUGUGGGACAGAAGAGGGCAUCUGGUUCUGUGGUACUAGAAUUAUAGGUAUUUUCAGGACACUUUGAUUGUUUCAUGUGUGUUCAGGAUCCCCCCCUCCCCCCCUCACCCCCACCCCCACCCACCCACCCCCUGGAGCUGAGGACUGAACCCAGGCCCUUGUGCUUGUUAGGCAAGCACUCUACCACUGAGCUAAAUCCUCAACCCCAGGAUUCCUAACUUGGAUCAUCAUGACUGCAAAGCCAAAACUAACUGUUACACCAUCUCUCCAGCCCCCAUGCUGUCAUUUAAGGACGGUAAAAUAACAUGGAGGAGAAACAGUCGUGCACUAACACACAGUUUUGUGUAAUUUGUUUACCAGUGUACAUACACACUUGCACUUAUAUCUUAGGAUGACAUCUGGGCCUCUCCCACCCCCUGUAUUAUUGAUUGAUCAAAAGACUCCAUGACAUAAGCUUGAUCUUGAACUAUGUGCCAGGUUUGGGUACCAGGAUCUAAACAGCAUGUGUAGCCUGGUGUGCUGGGAUGGGGAGAAGGGCCCCAGACAUCUGAGUUUAUUAUACUUCACUCCUCCAGCCUUGUUUGUGUUGAUGCUGCCAUAAUGCUGGUCCCACAACAGGUGGACUGAUGCACACAGAUGCAGAUCUGUUGGGUCCUCUGUGAGUUCACACCAUUUAUAGAGAACAGUCUCUUCCUCUAUCCCACUGUGAAGCUAAUGGAAACCCUGUCCCCACUGAGAAUGAGAUAGUUUUCUUGUGUGGAUUACUUCUGUAAGAGCAUUGUCUUCCAAAACAAAAAAACCUUCUUAGUGAUUAUGAAGUCAUUUCAAGUUUAAAAUGUUGCCUAGGGGGCUGGAGAGAUGGCUCGAUGACUGAGAGCACUGGCUGCUCUUCCAGAUGCAAUUCCCAGUUACCAUAAGCCAGGCCACAACCAUUUAUAACACUCAUUCCAGGGAUCAGAUGCCUUUUUCUGGCCUCUGUCAGCACCAGGCAUGCACACGGUAUGUAGACACGCUGGCAAAACACUCAAUAUGCAUAAAAUGAAGACAAGACAUUAUAUAAUAUCUCUCAACAUGUCAGUUCUGUUCACAUUUCCAAGUUACCAGAACAAAAACUUAGUAUUUGUGAAAAGUAUCCCUGUUUGGGGACAUAGCAGUCUGGAUGGCGGCUCCAUUCAGCUGCCUCUCUACCUUAGCUAAGUCCUUUUUUGUUUUUGUUUAUGUGUUUGUUUGUUUGUUUGUUUGUUUGUUUGAGGUAGGGCACCAUUGUAUUGCCCAACUGACCUUGAAUUUGAGACCUCUUACCUCCAAAGUGUUGGGAUUCCAGGUGAACAUCACCCCGCCUGGGUUUUAUUUGCUCUUUAAAAUAGUAUCACCUGUGUUCUAAACACCUUUGAAUUUGCCAAGGAAAACACUAGGCGGUUAUGGUGGCAAAAGCAUUUGGGAGGUAGAGGCAUGAGAAUCUCUGAGUUUGAGGUCAGCCUGCUUCUACAAAGCAAGUUCCAGGACAGCCAGGGCUUUUACACAGAGAAAUCUUGUCUUGUAGGUUUGUUUGUUUGGGGGUUUAAUGCAGCAGGAGCUAAGGAGACAGUGGUCUUUCAUUCUGCCAGAAAAAUGGAUACGGUGUAGACACCCAUGGGUGAGAGCUUAGGGAAAUCAUCUAGGCAACAGAAUAACUCUCGAAUUAGUUCUGUUGGCUAUGGAGCAGUACUUUGGGAAGCAGGGUUGUAAAUCACACACCCACUACUUGGUGCUCAAUCUUUCCUUCCCAUUUGAAGCCGGCAGCAGCAGAUGUUAGACACACUCCAAGGAUAGAGGGGAUAAAACAUAGGGUGCUCGCCUCAUGCUUAGAAUCCAGUGUUCUUGUAAGAAUCAGAAGCAAACCCAUCCUAUUGGUAUUCCGUGUAUUGGCAAGUCUGUGUUGACACAUCACUGAGUUGUUUCCGUCUUUAAAUCUCAGAAGGCCUGGUUCCAUUUAUCAUGUAUUUCAUGUGAGGGUGGCAAUUGUGAAAGAGAUGAGUCUAGAAGGAAAUGUAGUUAUGUCUCUGUCCCUUGUGCUCUGGCCUCCAGGGGAAAAAAAGGAACGACUGAGAGUUAAGGGCAUGGUAUAUUUGAUCACACUGUGUACCCCUGAGAUUGUAUUAUUUACUGGAAAAACCCCGUUUCUAGUUGUGUGGCUCUUAUAAUCCCGGUGGCCGGAAUUCAGACACACCCUUAAUGCAUACCUUUAAUCCCAAACAAUAAAGGUAAAUUAGUUUGUAGAAGAA